CCCGCCCCUCGCCACCACCGCCAUCACCACCACCGUCAGCACUCCUCUUCGCCAACCUGCACCACUUGACGGCACACAUUUGUACCACCACCACCACCCACCACUACCACAACAGCAGCAAACAAUAGCAGCAGCAGCAGCAGCAGCAGCAGCAGUACCCCUCCUUUGUCAAGGUCUUGUUCAGGCAGCGAAAGUAGGCACAGACCGUUGUUCGCCAGUUGACAACCAUGGCGAGGAGAACAUCAUCCAAGGGCAAGAGCAAGGACAAGGACAAGGGCAAGGACAAGGGCAAGGGCAAGGGCAAGGGCAAGGGCAAGGGCAAGGGAAAGAGCAGGAGUAGGGGCAAGGGAAGCAAGAGCUCCCGCUCUCGUCGCUCAAAGUCACCGCCGGAGCGGACCCAGCUGACCGAGUUCACCACCAAAGGCAAGAGCAAGAGCAAGAGCAAGAGCAAGAGCAAGAGCAAGAGCAAGAGCAAGGGCAAGGGCAGAGGUAAUGGAUCGGGAUCAGACUCAGGAUCGGUCUCGGGUGGAAAUCGGGCAUGGCGAGUCCCGUCGGACGAGCUGUCGUCGUCGUUUGACGAGUACGAUGCCGACUACUUUCGUGUCGGCACGACCAAGCUCGGACGCAAGCUGAAGCGGGCGGCGAUGCUGCGGGAGCAAGGCGAUUUUAAGGGAUCUCUGAAGGCACUGAAGCAGAUCUCGCGGCGGUUCCCGGAAGAGUCGCAGGUGUGGGACGAGCUCGGGCUGACGUACAUGGCUAUGAGCGAGUUCUCCAAGGCCUACGACGCCUUUACCGCCGCCAUCGAGCACCACCCCUCGUUCCUCAUUUACGGCCAUCGCGCGUUGUGCGAGGUCCGCCUCGGCCAGUACACGCCUGCGCUCCACGACUACGACACCGCCAUCGAUCUGGUGUGCGACGACUCGCGGGCGACCAACGAUAUCUUCAACGAGCUCAAGCACGGCCGCAAGCUCGCCGCCAAGCUCGCCCGCCAAGAGUGGUCCGCCUCGGAAUCGCUCACGGCCUCGGGCUCAGGAUCCUCAUCAUCUUCGUACUCGUAAAUUCUCCCCAGCCGAAAA